CACUCUUCACCAACAAGGCAACAACAAAGAAACUGAGAUAUCCACACGAUCCAUCGAGUAGUAGCUCAAACAUUGAUAGGUAGCAUUAUGGGAGGAGCUUAUCAGCUGCGGGUUGCUGCUACUUUUCUUCUUAUUGCUGGAAUUGCUUCGAUUGCGGCGGCAUUCGAUCCAAGCCCUCUUCAGGACUUCUGUGUCGCCAUUGACGACCCCAAGCUCGGUGUUUUUGUGAAUGGGAAGUUCUGCAAGGACCCAAUGCAAGCCAAAGCUGACGACUUCACAUUUAGUGGACUCGAUAUGGCAGGAAAUACAUCCAACGCAGUUGGCUCCAACGUCACUUUGGUUAAUGUCGACCGACUCAAAGGGCUCAACACUCUUGGUAUCUCUUUGGACUAAAUACAGACAGAGCAUCCAAUGGAAACCCGAGCCUUGUUGGAGCAAGCAGAACUCUUAGAGACACUAACAGAAGAUGGAUCAGUGAUUUUGUGGCAAGCCUAGGUAUUUGUUCAGCUGCAAUUACGGAGCUUUGGGGCCUUUACCACAUUCCGGAUCUAGCAUGGAAGCAAGGAUGCACAAUGAUUUUAGUGGAAACAUACUCCCAUCUAGCUAUGGCGCGCAACUCUUCACGAUGGCAUUUGGAGGAAGCUAACUAAGUAUUGGGUGGUUCGCAUAGUAUAGGGGUCAUACAUGGUAAGUAAUUAGGAUAAUUUUUUCUCUGAUCGUUUCAAAUCUCACUAAAUAUUUACUGAAGAU